AUGAGUUUCUUAAGAAGAGACAGAUCGCGCUCACAAUUGUUUGGUAGCGAUGCGGCCGCCGCAGGCUCUGCAGGCCAGGGCUCUGAACCCAAAGCUUCCGCCGAUGCGGGCCUGAGAAGGACCCCCAUUUCUCCCUUGACGAACCAUCAUCCACAAACAAACCCCAGUGCUCAGUCCCAUUUGGGCGGAAAUAAGCCUCGAUCGGGCCUUAGUGCCGUGACUUCGGCGCCCUCUUCAAGUUCGACCAGUACCUCUGGUCCUCUGAACCAACAGGAAGACCUUCUGUACGUCUCCCUCAAUAGACAACCGAUAUUCCGUAGAAACACUGGCACUCAGGCAGGGGCAGGGCUCGAAACCAUUCCUGAUGCGGCCGUGCUGCCUCAUACGAGAGAAUUCCCACCCUCUUCAACCUUAGAAAACCCAGAAUAUCAGUCCGCAGGUGCGCCAGCACCCGCAGGUCCAGGAAGACUUGUGCACCGGGCUAGCGAGAGUUACAGUCCUAGACUGUCGUAUUCAAAUCUCCAGGAAGCUGCUAAAGUUGGCCGAGGAGACAGUAGAGAGACGAUCUUGAAGGAUGACUAUCAGGGAUUCCAUCGUAACCCAGCACAUGCUGGAACAGGCAAUGUGCCGCCAUUGGCUCAUCCUAUUAAGCCGAGAUUCCGUAAAAAGGGUUCGCUCUUGGGUAAACUCAUCCACUCUAAUCGUAAAGAUCUGGAAGGUCUGAUUGAUGCUAGCGAUGCUAGCGAUUAUGCAUCUGGUUCCACCAGUGGAGGCGGUAUGUCUCAUGGAGGCCAUGGAUUAUCGUCAAUAUCUCGUAAACUGCAUGCGGGCUUAUCGAACUCGUCACAUUCUUUGGCCGCUGCUGUAGCUCCUGCGCCACUGUCUGCAACAAAGCACAAGUUCCGUAUUCCUCUGAUCUCGCUGCACCAUCAUGCUGCACUCACAGACGCUUCAAGAGCGGCAUCUCUCUCUGAGGACCUGAGUGAUAAGUACUCUGAGAAGCUGUCAGGCCCACCCUCCAAGAACAGCAGUGUAUCUGGUCCCGCGGGUAGUCCCUCGAAGCUAUUUGAUCUCAAUCUUAGUAUCGAGGAGUUACUGACCAUCUUGAAGCAACCAGAGGCAACCAUUGUUGCCAGAAUGGGUUCAACAUCCGAGCAAAACGCUCACUUACACACUCCUGUAGAAGAAGUUCUGCUGAAUCCAAUGCAACCCAGUCAUAGUGUUGGCAGCGAGCUCAUCGGUGACGGCACACAUACUCAUACAUCGCCUCAACAUCAGGAUGGAAGCGAUGUAGCCAGCACUGGUGGAACCGCUUCACGUCCAACCUACCUCACCAGGCUCUCCCUGGAGCAUGUUGCGCCCGACCAUACUGACGAUGCUCCCCGCCACUCAGCGUGGAAAGCACCUGACUCUUGGGAUGUUACCGAAGCUGGACUCCAGGAGACAUGGGACUCGGAAAGUAGCGAUCUGUCUCCUAGCGAUGAGGACAUUCUGCAAGGAGACCCUAUUAACCUGCUGUACGAUCUGCGUAACUCUGCCAGUGCUGCAGGAUCUAAGCCUGCUUUAACUGUCAGCCUAAAUCGUCUGCUCAGUGGUUCUUCUCUGGCGGGUCCAGAGAAGUCUCAGCGCCGAGCCAAACGCAUAGAUGCGAAUCCUCAAGUGCCUGAAAAAAAAAUCGCAACUGUUUUCGGGAUUGAGAAAAACCCGGCUCAAAAUAUGCCCAUUACUCGUGGACCCAAUCACAUCAUUCGUAUAUUCAAGGAGGAUAAUACCUUCACAACCAUUUUAUGCCCUGUUGAAACUACCACCUCUGAGCUUCUCAUAAUCAUCCAGAAAAAGCUCUUCCUCGAAUCGAUUAACAAUUUCCAAUUGACAUUGUACUAUGGUCUGCAUACCAAAGUUCUUGAUCUGCAAGAAAAGCCUCUUAAGAUUCAACUUGGCCUCCUUACCUUGCAGGGAUACGGUAACAAGGACAAUUUACCAGCGUUGGGUCGUGGAGAUAUGCUGAGCAUUUAUCGUUUCGUCAUUGAAAACAUUUCGUUGAGAAGUCUUGGCCAUGAGGAACAAACUACAAAUGCCAAGAACUACGUCGAUGUUCACAUCAGCGGACUUGGUCUCAAAACAAUUCCAAUCGUGUUCCACCAACACACAUUUGAGAUUGAGAAGUUGGAUGUUUCCCAUAACCCAGCUAUCUACAUCCCGCUUGAUUUCAUCCAGUCGUGUAGCAAUUUGUCGUCCAUCAACUUUCUGUACAAUGGAUGCCUGCGGUUUCCUCACAAUUUGCUAGAGGCCUCGGCUUCUUUGCUCAAUUUAGAAAUGUCGAACAAUUUUCUUGCUGAUAUACCUGCCCGUUUUGCACACCUUCGCAAUUUGAGAACCUUGAAGCUCAACUCUAACCAACUUCACUCACUCCACUCGAAUUUCGGUAAAUUGGAGAAUCUCACAACACUUAACUUGUCCCUGAACUAUUUCGAGCACUAUCCUGAAUGUAUCAACGAUAUCACUGCUUUGCAAGACCUUGACUUAUCUUACAAUGAUCUUGUUUCUAUUCCAUCCUCUAUUGGAAAACUCACGAGGCUUACCAAGCUCAACUUGUGUAGUAACAAACUCCGUGGAGCACUUCCUCUGUCCGUUAGACGUUUGGCUGCACUCAAGAGACUCGAUAUCCGUUAUAAUCUUAUCACAAACAUCGAUGUUCUCGGUCUGUUGCCCAAUUUAGAGGUUUUGUACGCAAGCAAGAACGAUAUCUCACAGUUUAGUGACAAGAUGGAGUCCCUUAGACUACUCAAAUUUGACCGUAAUCCUGUUACAACGCUUGAGUUUGAGAUAUUGUUACCCAUGUUGACUGUUUUGGAUUUGAGUAAGGCAAAAAUUGCUGCAAUUCCAGCAGAAUUCGUGCUCAAGAUCCCAAAUAUCGAGAACCUUGUCUUGGAUAAGAAUCACAUCGUUACACUCCCCGAUGAGAUUGGUAAGUUGAAGAAAUUGUCCCACUUGUCGGUUUACAAUAACAACAUCCAGAAUUUGCCCGCGCUGAUCGGCCAAUUAUCUGCGCUUCAGUACUUAGAUUUGCAUCUGAACAAUAUCGAAAAAUUGCCAGCUGAGGUCUGGAACUUGGGACGCCUUGCAUUCUUGAAUGUGAGUAGCAAUAUCCUUGAGGAGUUUCCAUUGGCUACCAAGACUCACAAAUUGUCGGGAGCUGGCCUUAAUCUGGUUUCCCAGGAGAGCGAGCGCGGUCUUGCUGAGGCACUCACAACUCUUUAUGUCGCUGACAAUAGACUCAAAGAGGAGGCUUUUGAGGCUAUUUCUCGUCUCACUAACCUCAAGUAUCUCAAUGUUUCAUAUAAUGACUUCCUUGAAUUGCCAGAAGGAGCUCUCCUGCCCCUCGUCAAUUUGACCGAUUUACAUCUCCUGGGAAAUAAUCUCACCAAGUUACCAGCAGACGAUUUCGAACAUUUGACUGAGUUGCGUUGUCUUUUUGUCAACAACAAUAAGCUUCUCACCAUCCCUCCUGAGAUAAGUAAUUGCAAGCAGCUUACUCACUUUGACGCUGGGCUGAAUCAACUUCGCUACAACAUUUCUAAUUGGCCAUACGACUGGAAUUGGUGCCACAAUAAGAAUCUUAAGUACUUGAACUUUUCUGGUAACAAGCGUUUCGAGAUUAAGCAAAGUUUCACUCUCAAUUCCGAGAAGCCAGCAAACGACGGAUACGAUUCGUUGCUUGUCCUCAAACACUUGCGUGUGUUGGGUUUGAUGGAUGUCACACUCACCACUCCAAAUGUGCCUGACCAAAGUGUCAAUGUUCGAGUUAGAACUACAAGUUCGGAACUUAAAAAUGUCGGGUACGGAGUUUCUGACUGUAUGGGCGCCGCAGAGGUUGUGCUGUUCAGAGACAGUUUCCUGCAAAAAUUCAGAGGAAAUGAGGAUGAGGUUCUCAUUUGUAGUUUCAACGGAUACGACACCUCGUUGGCAACCAAGAGAAGCAACUCCGGCCACAUCAUUCUGUUUAUUUGUAAGCAACUCUUUCCCGGUCUUUUCAAGAUCGAGCUUGAGCGUGACGAGAAGGACGUUCCUGAUGCCCUUCGCAGAGCAUUUUUGGCCCUCAAUAGGGAAGUGAAUCUGGUUUUCGCGGCCAAAAGAGCCGGAACCUAUGCACUGAAUGGUCAGAAAGAAGGUGACUUGCCUGAACUUCUGCAAAUAGAUUUAGCAACAGAUCUCUACAAAGGUUGUUGUAUGGCAGUGGUCUAUAUUCGAAAGCUGGUAGUAUACACUGCCAACCUCGGUGAUAUUGAGAUUAUACUUCUGCGCAGUAACUCGGACUACACCGUGCUCUCUACUAAACAUGACCCAACGCUGCGUGCUGAAUUCGAAAGAAUUCGCCUGUGUGGAGGUUAUGUCACUGGUAACGGAGCUCUCGAUCUGACGCUUCCAAUUCUGCGUGGUAUAGGUUUCUUUGGAUAUGUUCCACACACAAAUGGUUGCCCAAGCACAGCAGAAUAUGAUUUGGCUAGUACUGAGGGUGUGAUCAUUGUGGCUCUGCCAAAAUUAUGGGACUAUGUUCUGCAUGACCUCGCGGUUGAUAUUGUUCGCCAAGAGAAAGACGACCCUAUUAUUGCUGCAGAAAAGUUGCGUGACCAUGCCCUCUGCUACGGUGCCAAUGAUCGUAUUUCCGUAACCGUUGUGAGUCUUGGAAUGUCAGGUGCAAAUGCACCAGCGAAGAAAAUACGGAGAGACCGUCCACUUCCUUCGGGUGACACCGCUCUUCGUCGUCUCAAUGACGAAAUCGAGCCGCCCGUUGGAAAUAUCGCCUUGGUCUUCACCGAUAUUAAAAACUCGACGUUGUUGUGGGACACGUAUCCUGUGGCUAUGCGCUCAGCAAUUAAGUUGCAUAACACGAUCAUGCGGAGACAAUUGCGUAUUGUUGGAGGCUACGAGGUGAAGACGGAAGGAGACUCAUUCAUGGUGUCAUUUCCUAGUGCAGCCCUGGCUCUUUUGUGGUGUUUCAACAUUCAAAGCCAGCUUCUUACAGAGGAUUGGCCCACCGAAAUUUUGACCACCAAUGAGGGAUGUGAGGUCACAGAUAACAGCGGCAAUAUCAUCUUCCGUGGUUUAUCGGUGCGUAUGGGAAUCCAUUGGGGUAGCCCAGUGUGUGAGUUGGACAUGGUGACACGCCGUAUGGAUUAUUUUGGACCUAUGGUCAAUCGUGCCAGUAGAAUUGAGAGUUCUGCUGAUGGUGGCCAGAUUGCCGUCAGUUCAGACUUCUUGCGUGAAAUGGAGCGGUUGGAAUCUGUGCACGCACAAAUUAGAGCCGAAGAGCUUCAGCCAGAAGCUGCCUACGAAAGUAAGGAGGUAUACAACAUAGCAGAGAACGAGUUGACCGCUUUGAAUGCUGUCCCAUACCUGUACGUUGUUCUCGGAGAGCGGAAGCUCAAGGGUUUGGAGGCGCCAGAAACGAUUACACUUGUAUUCCCAGACUCGCUCAAGAUCCGGUACGACAUCUUUAAGAAGCGUGCUCUGGAGCCUGAAGCCGUCAAUCCAAUCUAUGGAGCAUUGCCAGUAGAGUGUGUGUACACACUUCGGUCUCUCCUGCUUCGCUUGGAGAAUGUAUGCCUGGUGUUGAACACAGGAUACAACGGCGACGACCUGUUCCUGCGGUUGGCAGGAGACAUUUUCGUCAAGUCCCUUCUGAACAACUUCAGAGAGAAAGACAUUGUUGGUUUAUUCAACCAUUUGGUGACCCGGUUGGAGAAUUCCAUUGCGAACCUUGAGUUGCGUAUGACGCACAACAAAAUGAUGGGCGGCGACGGCCGCAUUGAUUUUACCGGGGCCUUGCCCAUUUGGGAUUUGUUGAAGGAGUUAAAGAUGUCUUUUACAGACCAAUUAGCGCUGGAGCUGAAGAUAGAACCGGAGGCAUGA